AUGUGCAUCGGUUUCAUAAAAGUGGCCAAGACUGCGGAUGAGCGGUACAAACUGAUCCUCCUGAACAAUCGGGAUGAAGUUCUGGACCGCCCGACUGCUCCGAUGCACUGGCACAACGGCAUUCUGAGUGGAGUUGACGAGCAGGACGUCGCUCGCGGCACCUGGUUGGGAAUGGAUGAUAGUGGAAAAAUUGGCAUGCUUCUGUCCAUUACUCAACCGAGACACACCCGGCAUUCCAUCGCUCCCAGUAGAGGUACAAUAGAUUUAGAACAAACAUUUAAAUAAAAAAAAAUUCUUAGGAGGCAUUGUGAACGACUACUUGAGCUCCAAAAGUACCAAUCAUUUUUUCGAAAGUUUACUCAAAAAAGCAGAGGAGUUCAAUGGAUUUCAGUUUGUGGGAAUUGAGAAAAAUACAAAAUCGGGACUUUUUGAAGUUCGUACCCUGACCAAUCAACUUGUAGAUCGAAUUGAGGUCAACAAGUGGGAUGACCGUUAGUUAUUUAGAAAAAUUUGUUUUUCUUUCAAAUUUUUUGAAAAAUCCUUUUCAGAUAGCCACGUUUACUCGAACAGUCCUCCUCACGUUCCGUUCAAAAAAACCGAGUAUGGACAGAAAAUUUUUGCGGAAAAAUUCAAAAAUUCGAAUAAGCUAGAGUUGGAAGAGGUUUUCGAGCGGCUUUUCGAAAUUGCACAAGACCGGACCAGGUAACACUUAUUUUUAUCAAAAUUUUUUUUUUAAUUUAAAAAUUUUUAGCUGCUUCCCGGACGAACAAAUUCGCGUUCAAACCGGAUUUUGCGAAGAAGACUACAAACCGCUCACCUCAAUUUUUGUGAGAUUUCCUGAGUCAAGAAGGUAAAAUUUCAUCAACUUUUCAUCAAUUUUCUAGUUUUUGAUUGUUUCCCAGGUACGGCACACGUUCGCAUACUUUGAUUGUCGUCGAUAGAAACGAUAAAGUGACCGUUUUGGAGAGAAGAAUGAUUGCGGCGAAAGACGUGAACAAAUCAAAAUGGAUUGAUCAGAAAUUUGAAUUUUCGUUAAAUUCUAAAUAAACUACAAUAAAUGCGGAACAUUCAAUUAAAUUAAUUGUGGGAUCAGGCGAGCGUUGCCUAGUGAGUCGUGUUAAUUUCCGGGUUACACUAUGUUUAUUAAGCAAAAUUAAUCAAUUAAUUGAGCUGAAAAUUAAAGCCGCACGCACGCACAAUCUAUUUUCUCUGUUCAACUUUCGUUUUGUAAAUUCCCGCCGUUUUGGCAUGAAAAAACUGCGUGCGGGUCAAAACGCAAAAUGCGCCAACAGUCGUCGUUGGCGCGUUUCUCGAUGUUUUCGAAAAAUAUUUUUCGUUCUUCUCUUUGGUAACUUCUACUUAAAUGAAGCGCCUAUUUUGUUAUCAACAAUUGCAGUACUACGAUAAAAACGUAUUCAUUUGGCGUUUUUUUCAAUUCUCACCUUCCGACUUAAUUGCUUUUUUCUGCGUAAAAUCAAAGAUUUAAGGCUAAUAGGCCUAGUUUCAGGUGUGAUGGCCACAAAACGACACCAGGAAAUUGUGGUUACCAGAGAUGCCAUUGAGAAAGACACAAUCUCGGCGGUGAGUAGUAUAAAAGUUAUGAGAGUUGUGUAAUAUUAAACUGCUUUGUGGCGAGAUCUCAUUUCUCACUCAUUUCCUGUCAGAAAUGUAAAAUGGUAAAUUUCCAGGUAGCCGCAAAGUACUGGGCUCCGUUCACUAAGGAAAACCAUGCGAAAUUCGACGCGAAGCUCGUGGACACAAUUUACGAGAACGAGAUGCUAAAAACGGAGUUCAACGCUCGAAAAAUCAUGAUGCUCGAAUUUUCUCAGUACCUGGAGGGCUAUCUGUGGCCCAAUUAUCAUCCGGAAUACGCCACCAAGGCCUAUAAUCUCUCGAUUAUUGUGAUGGUCAACGAGAAGUUUCGCGAGCGAACAAUCGACGCGUGGAGCACAUUCACCGCCAAUUCCACUCAUUUCCCCGCGUUUUUCCACAAAAUUCUGGAGCUCGCGCUCGAUUCGGACGGCAAAACGACGCCCGGUGAGCAGUGCGCGAUUCUGACGUUCCUCGUCAACGCGUUCGCAAGUGUAGAGCAGAAAAUUGUGCACGAUCAGACAAAAAAGCUAGUUUCCAUCGAGAUUUGGGCUAAAUUACUGCCGGAGCAACGAGCGGAUCUGUUCAAAAAACAGAAAAAGGUGCGAAAGAUUUGGGAAAAUGUGGAGAAGAGGUUGGAGAAAAGCGACGAAAAGACGAGAUUUGAGCGCGAAUUUUUGUGGAAUUUGAUCGAGAAAUUCAAAAAAAUUCUCAAAUCGCUGGAACAAGAGGAAGAAGAAGGCGUCGAUUUGGUGGAUUCGAUCCGAUAUUGUGAGAAAUUCAUGGAGCUGAUGAUCGAUUUGGAGUCCAUCCUCCAGACAAGACGCUUUUUUAAUUCCGUCCUCCAUUCCACCCAUUUGCUCACUGCUUGCAUACUCUCAAAUCUCAUUUCGACCGAAGUCGGGUCUCUGUUCUGUCAGCUCGUUCAACUUUUGAAGUUCUAUUCGCGAUUCGAGAUUGAUGAUCUAUCGGGACGACAGUUGACGCAUAAGGAAGUCAGCGAAGAGCAUUACAAGUACGGAGUAAUUCGUUUUUUUUUUUUAACUAGAAAUAAUUGUUGUCGCUAACCCGUGGCGGUAAUUGAAUGCGCUAAAAAAAGUACAUAAAGCUGAGCUAUGAAAAGGAAAAAUUGCGUAAGCAAAAAUUAAGAAAAGAAAGAGAACUAAAUCGGUGCAAAACUAGUAAGAAUUACUUUUAAACCUUAUUUUCUAGUAAGACCUAACCUAUUUUCCAUUGGAAAACCUUUCCUAAAGACAACAUUUAUAAAAAAGAUCACUUACCAGACAUUUCGGAAUUUCUAUGCAUUCCAAAAAGGUGCUCGCAUCGAGAAAUAAGAGAGAAAAACGAGCCAAUAGUCAAUAAAUCGUUUCGAGCGAGUGGUACGUAGGUCAAACCUGCUACACUGAAACACUCGAUUAAGACGUUCUCUGAAAUUUGGGUAUUAUUGAUUUAAGUUUGUGAUAAUUGAAAGCAUAUCAAAACGGAGGGCGUUUUCUUACCGCCACGAGUGUGAAAUUGAAUUCCGACUGGUUUUGUCUGAAAAUUUGAUUGUCUCACUGUUCUUCUUCACAAACUUCCCUAAUUUUCUGCAGAAAUGUGACUCAACUUCAAAAAGCGGCGUUCCGAUUUUUCAACGAGACGAUGAAGGAUUUCUAUUUGUUGAACGUGUCGGGAGUGGAUACGAGACGGGCGCUCCAGAAGCAAUUUCAGGGAAUGAGCCACGCGGAAGUGUACCGAUUUGCCGAGUAUUUGCAUUUGGUGCCCAAAUCGGCAUCGGAAGGAGGUAAGGAAUUUUUUGUCGAUUUAAUACUGAAAACCCCUCGUUUUUUUCUAGAAUCAUCCGAAAACCAGCAGAAACUCCUGGUACAAUUCACAAAAGAGCAUCUGGUGGAAACGAUCACUCUGCACUGUGAACGGCGUCCGAAUCAGUUGACACAGCUCAACGAGAAGCCGCUUUUCCCGACGGAGCAAGUGAUUUGGGACGAGAAUGUGGUGCCGUACGAGCAUUACACCGGCGAAGGCGUCCUCGCACUCGACAAGCUCAAUCUCCAGUUUUUGACGCUACACGAUUAUCUUCUCCGCAAUUUCAACCUGUUCCAGCUGGAAUCCACGUGUAAGAAUCCAUGCCCGAUUUUUAGAAAAAUCUGGCGCUCCUCUACAUUUUACCAUCAAAUGUGCAUUUUCAGACGAAAUCCGUCAAGAUCUGGAGGACGUGCUGUUCCGAAUGAAGCCGUUCCAACACGAAUCGCGGAAUGAGACGGUGUUCGCCGGAUGGGCCCGAAUGGCACUUCCCAUCGAUCACUUCCAGAUCACGGAAGUCGCCAAGCCGCUUGUGGGCGAGAAAUCGCCGGCCGUCGUGCGCGGAGUGGUCUCUGUGAAUGUGGGAAGACGGCAGGACAUCCGACAAGAAUGGGAGAACCUCCGCAGGCACGACGUCUGCUUCCUCGUCUCAUGCCGUUCCAAACAGGGCGCCGGCGGCAGGUUCGAUGUCCGCAAACCGUUUUUGAGCCAGAUUGAGGUGGGAGAAGCUUUGAAAAUGAAAAAUAAAAAUAGUGGGACUUUUCAUUGAAAGGGUAGUAAAUUAGUUUGCGCAAAAUGUUCACGUUUUGGGAAUUUUUGCAUAUUUCGCGCAGAAUGACAGUAAUGUUGGGUUUCAGGUGACAAGUGUACGUGGAUGUGACGUGGAAGGCAUGCUCGACGCCGAAGGAAUGCUUCUCGAGGAGUUUGCGCCGUACGAGAAGAAAUUGCGAAUCCCGGGCGAUAUUCGUAAAUUCCGUCUGCUUCUCGAUCCGAAUCAAUACCGUCUGGACAUGGAGAAAGUGGCCGAACAACCGGGAAACGAGGAUAUUUACUACUCGUUCAACCUGCUCGUUCGCCGCGAUUCCAAAACGAACAACUUCAAAGCGGUGCUCCAGACGAUUCGCGAUCUGCUGAACACCGAAUGCGUCGUUCCCGAUUGGCUUACCGACGUGAUUUUGGGGUACGGAGAGCCGGACAGUGCUCAUUACUCGAAAUUGAGCACCGCAGUCGCUGAACUCGAUUUCAAUGACACUUUUCUGUCGUUUGACCACGUCAAGUCUUCAUUUCCUGGGUACAAAGUCGUCGGAGCGCAAGAAGAUGAGAAACUGAUGGUCCCUCCGUUCAAAUUGCACUUCAAAGACCUUGAAGCUCGUCAUUCGGACGACAAGAAACCGGAAAAGUCGAUUGUUGUCACUCCAAUUACUCGAAAACGAGUUACCCCCUAUGAAUAUCAUCCGAACACCAAUAAAGUGCAAUUCACGGCCGCACAGAUCGAGGCGAUCAAAUCGGGAAUGCAACCAGGGCUCACGAUGGUCGUCGGACCGCCCGGAACCGGAAAAACGGACGUUGCCGUGCAAAUAAUCUCCAACUUGUACCACAACUGGCCCAACCAACGCACACUCAUCGUGACGCACUCCAAUCAGGCGCUCAAUCAGCUCUUUGAGAAAAUUAUCGCUCUGGACGUCGACGAACGGCACUUGUUGCGCAUGGGACACGGAGAAGAGGCGCUCGAGACGGAGAAAGACUUUUCGAGAUACGGACGAGUCAAUUAUGUGCUCAAAGAGCGCAUCGAACUGCUCAACAAAGUGGAGAAGCUGGCGAAGGCCCUGAAAACGGUCGGAGACGUGGCGUACACUUGCGAGAACGCCGGCUACUUCUUCCGAUUCUCGGUCUGCCGUGCGUGGGAGCACUUUUUGGCACAAGUAACUGUGAAGGGAAAGGAGAAACUCGCCGAAGGAGUGGUCGCCGAGCACUUCCCGUUCGCCGAGUUCUUCAGCGACAUUCCACACCUUUUUUCGGUAAGUUAACAAGCAAUGAGAAAAAAUAUUCUAUACGAGUUUACAACGAUAUUUUGAAAAUUGCUCACUUUCCUGUAAUUGCAGUAAUUUACUUUCUAUUCGAGAUUCUAUACUUUAAGAAAAAUGCAUCUGAAACCAGAAAUCCGGGAAAAUUUGCAGAAUAACAACACGGACGACUUGAAAGUGGCCCAUUCUUGCUGGCGAUACAUUGAGCAGAUAUUCGAAAAGCUCGACGAGUUCCGCGCGUUCGAAUUGCUCAGAAAUGGACGAGACCGGACCGAAUAUCUGUUGGUAUGUCGGGAAAAUCGGGAGAAAGCAGAAAAACCUACGUUAAAAUGCUGUAGAAUUACAGGAAUUACGAAAGGUAG